GUGAUAGUUUUUAUGGAGGUCGUAAUCGAUGUUGAUGUUGAGAAUACAGACAACGUUCUUAUCUCUUUUAGAAGGGAUAAUGGUGGUAGUGGUAAUGGUUGGGGUUGGGGUUGUGAUACCGACAACGACCUUAUCUCUUUUAAGAAGGGGGGCAAAGAUAGUGGUG